AUGGAGAAGCCUCUCAUUUUAGACUUCGGAACUGUCUCGUUUAGAGUAGGAAGAGCGGGAGAUAAAAAUCCCAGCUUCUUCGUACCUCCAGUUAUAGGGAAACCACUGAUGAAGGACUCCAAAGGCGAUCUUUGCGAUUUUACAGGAGGAUCAGGACAAAAUCCACUAGAAUACACAAUUUUCCCACUAAAUCCUAGAGAUAAACAUGACAAUGUCAUACCUGUGCCCGCAAUUACGUAUGGGCAGAAGGGCUUUGAGGUAGAUGCCAAUCUUGUCGAACGACUUUUGGACGGCUGUAUGGGCGUAAAGGGCCUCGACGAGGCCAUCCAAGAAUCCUCGGUUAUCGUCUCAGAGCCCACUCUACAUAACCCGAAAUUUAGGGAAUCGUUUGCGGAGAUUCUAUCGGAGACCUUUAAGGUCGAAAAUUUGCUAAUGUGUAAAAGGUCGGCGCUCACCUGCUACGCGAGCGCCUGCACCAGCGGAGUCGUCGUGGACGUCGGCGGCUCCUGCACCAACGUCGCGCCCGUAGUGGACGGCUACACGCUCCAGGACUCAGUGCGCGAGGAGCCGGUGGGAGGCUCGAUAAUAGACCGCAUUUUCCACUCGUACCUGACGUCAGUGGGCAUCACAGUCAGGCCUUCCUACGAGUACUGCAAAAACCAGAACGCGGAGACUUCGGAGCCGCCCUCAAAGCACCAUAAGAAGGACGACGUCAACUCGAUGACGAAGAACAUUACGACGAGGAAGCUGCCCUUCGUGCACCCGGACUACUACCACUGGUCCACGCUCUACGCGACCUCGGUUCUGAAGGAGACCUGUAUCAUAUUAAACGAUAGCAUCAACGUCCAGCACUCGAACGACGAGUCAUACUGCUACGCCCUCCCCGACGGCAACUACCUGGACGUGGAGCACAGCAAGUCGCUCUGCGGCAUCUUCUGCUGCUGCAUCUUUAACCAGAAGAAGUACCUGCACAGCAAGUCUGACCUGAACAAGUUGCACAUUUCCAAGUCGUUUUUCAAUCCGAACGACGACUCCUCCAUUGACUCUCUUCUUUCCAAGAACCAGGGCCUCUCUAAGUUGCUGACUGACUCCUGGGCUUCGUUGAUUGACUUCGAGGGCGGCCUUGACGCCACCCCUGCCAUGAAACAGGUGAUCUUCACUGGCGGCUGCACCAGGCACCCUGCCCUGAUACCCAUAGUCCAGAGGGACUUCGACGACUUUUUGAAGUCCAAGAAGCUCGAGGAGAAGCCCACCUUCAUGGCGAUUGGCGGCAAUGAACAGCAGUUCAGCAGUUUUAUCGGGGCCUCCAUUCUCUCAUCGCUCGGUGGAUUCGCCACCCUGUGCAUCACGAGAUCCGACAUCCAGGAGUUCGGGAUCAGUCGCGCCUUACAGAGAAAGUGGCCGUGA